AUGGUAAAGGCUGUGAAUCUUGCCAUAAAGGAAUUGAAUUUGGGAUCAUAUAGACAAUGGCCAGGAUCCCACUGGCAAGUGACCAUUCGUAAUUAUCUGAAGGGCUCGGCUAAUCUGACGGUUCACUGCAAGUCGAAAGACGACGAUCUGGGCGAGCACGUGAUCGAAUUCAGGGGCCGAUACGAAUGGAAGUUUAAAGAAAACUUUUGGCAAACGACGCUGUUUUGGUGCAAUUUUAAGAGCAUGUAUGGUCAUGCUUCUGGUGAAGUUUUCUGGCCAGAGAAAAGUGACUGGCUUGCUUAUAGAUGUGAUUUUUCUAACUGCAUUUGGGUUGCUCGUGGAGAUCAGGGGAUUUACUUGGCACAUGUUCCUCAAAGGACGUUUGAAUUAAAAUACCGCUGGCAAAAAUGA